AUGAUAAAUGGCUUACUCUCAUUUCCACCUGGUGAUGUAGGCUUUCCUGUGGUUGCUACAGAUGGGGAGUUCGUUCUAGGUUUUGCAGUUGUUGGAUUCAUUGAAGAUGGGGAAUUUGUCUCAGGUUUCGAAGAUGUCAGUUUCCUUGAAGAUGAUGUUGCUAUAGUACUCGGUGUAGAUGGGGAGUUGGUUGGGGGUUUUUGGGAUGUCAUUUUCUCUGAGGGACUCGUCGGGGUGCUCGGUGUGUGCGAAGUUAUUGGAGAAGACGGUGCGGACGUGGUUGCUGCAGUGGUCGGUGUAGAUGGCGAGAUCGAUUUUGGCGUUGGAGACGUAGGUUUCUUUGACGAUGUCAUUGUCGGAGUACUUGGUGCAGGUGGUGCUGCUGGAGAGUGUAGUGUAGAUGGCGAGAUCGAUUUCGGUGCUGGAGAUGUCCUUUCCUUCGAAGGACUGGUCGGACUAUUCCGUGUAAAGGUUGUUGGAGAGUGUGGUGCAGAUGACAAGGUUCCUUUGGAUUUUGGUGAAGUAGAUUUUUGUGUCGAUGGUGUUGUUGAUGUGGAUGGGCUAGAUGUCGAGCUUACUUUGGAUUUUGGAGAUGUAGGUUUUACGGAAGAGGGAGUUGAUGGAGGCUGCGGUGGAGAUGGCAGGCUUUUCGUUGAUUUUGGUAAUGUGGAUUUCUCCGUCGAUGGAGAUGUCGAAUUGAAUGGCUUGGAAGGCGAGCUUCCUCUGGAUUUUGUGGAAGUAUAUUUCUUCGUAAGUGAUGUUUUUGGGCUGAGUUGCUUGGACGGCGAGUUCCCGAUGAAUUUUGGAGUUGUAGAUUUGCUUGAGGACAAAGUUUUCGAAGUGAAUGGUUUGGGCGGCGGGGUUCUGGUAACUUUUCCAGGAGUAGUUGUCUUUGAAGAGAGAGUACUUGAAAUGAGUGGUGUAGAUGUAGAGCUUCUCGUGGGUUUCAGUGUUGUAGAUUUCUUCGAUGUUGAGGUUGUUGAAGGGGAUGGCUCAGAUGGCGAUCUUUCUGAGGAUUUUGGAGUUGUUGGUUUCCUUGAGGACAAAGUUUUGGAAGAGUAUGGCUUAUAUGGCGAGUUCCGUGUGUGUUUUGGUUUUGUUCUUGAAGAUCUAGUUUGGUUAGACAAUCUAGAUGGGGUUGUUGUUGUAGGCGAUGUCGAUGGGGUUGUAGGAAUGCUAGGCGUACUUCGUGGGGCCGUUUUCGAUUCCAUAGAUGGUAGUUUAUUUGAAGUCGUUGUUGGAAUAACUGGUGCGGAUAGUGAGCUUUUCCUGCUAUUUUUAGAUGUGGAGAUUUCUGAAGGAGUUGUUAGUGUUCUCGGUGUAUUUGGGGUUAUUUCAGUGCUCGGUGUGGAUGUCGAGCUUCCUGCUAUGUUUGGACCUAUUGGUGUCGUUGAAGGAUGUGACUAUUGUUGUUGA